GAAGAGGAGGAGCUCCUGCUCCACCUCCCAGCGCCCCUGUUCCCCCCCUUCUGGCUCAGGGGGCACAGGCCCAGCACUGGCUCGGUAGCGGGCCCGGCGGCGAUGGGCGCCUCAGGCGCCAAGGAGGCCCCGGCGGCGCUGGCGACGCCCAUCGUCCAGCCGAAGAAUCUUCGGGCGAAGCCAGCAGACCACCUCGCCGAUUGUGGCUGUGCCCGCCCUGGGCCCAGGAUCAGUGUAUGGGCCCUCGUGGCUUGGCCAGGGAGGCGUAGACACCGAUCCUGGGCCAGGAGCGAGGAUCGGUGAGGUGGUCGGUUGACUUCGCCUGGAAUGUGGGGCGCCAGUCCUGGCGCUGGGGGCUCCAGCCGUGCGGGGGCGUUGAAGCGGCGAUCGACGCUUUGCAUUCAUCCGCCAUUUUCGCUCGGUCUCGGGCCAUGGGGCCCUCACACGGUUCCAUCCGGCACGAGAAGCCGCAGAGAGUAUUUUUGUUGCCAGGCGUGAUGUCUGUUCGUUGUGUUGCAAUGUUGUUCGCAAUCUUGGAUCUCAGGAUCUCAUUGUUUAUCAACGCCUGUGUUGCUGCCUUCCGCAGAUUUUGACGCCAAGGGGUAGGUUGUAGAUCAAUCACCUGGUAUCCACCAGGGGUUGGAAUUUGAUCCAUGCCCCAACUCUUGUCCCUCGUGGGGUUGGGGCGUGAGCAGGUUUUGGGCCCUCUGUUCCACCUCUCCCUCCGUCCUCCUUCACCUUCCCACACUCCCCGGAGCGCGGAGCGCGCCAGGGGCUGCGCUUGAGGCGCCGCUAGGGGUGUGAACAGGAGGAGGAACAGGGUCCCCCCCCCUCCCCUGACGCCGGCUUCUCACAUUCUCCGUUCCUGGCCGAGCCGGCUCCCUCAGUGCCAGGGUGGCGCCUUCGAAGAAGCCGACCAUGAAGAUGUGCUGCGCGUGUCCAGACACAAAGGCAGCUCCCUCACUUUUCGAAUCGGCAAAGGCCACAUGAAGACAAGCGUCGGGAUGUUCACGCGGAUUUCUUGGGUCGGCGCUGAACACCCCUCCUCUGGAGGCGCAGCGAGCGGGGGUCCAGCGCCGACCGAAGAAAUCCGCGCGGACUUUUGGAAGUUUGCUCCAAAUAUCCUGUGGUGUUGGUUCCUCGUUUUGAAUCCGCAGCGCCGCGCCCGGACGUUUUCUUUUUUUCACAGACUGGACUUUUCACCCCAGCCGUGCUUGAGCAGCGACGAUGACGGACAUGCGUCGGGAGGCGGGCGAGAGACGUGACGGGAAGGGAGCAGAGGGCGAAGAAGAGAAUAAUAGGGACCUGCAUGGCUGGAGCUUACUAUCGUUGUGGAUAAAAAUGCAAACCAACCUUCAAGCGUACGACCUCCCGGCCGAUCAUGCCAUCGUCCGUUGGAUCUGCGAUGAUUGCACAAUUGAUGGACGCGCUCCGAGACGGCAGGCAUCACAGUUCCCAGAUCAGAGAUGUAGGUGUGUUUGGAGACGACGCG